AGAAGGCAGCAUGAAGAUUAGUUGUAAUGGGUGUCGCAUUCUUCGCAAAGGUUGUACUGAGGACUGUGUCAUUAGGCCAUGUCUUGAAUGGAUAAACUCUUCUGAGGCACAAGCUAAUGCCACCCUUUUCCUUUCUAAGUUCUAUGGUCGUGCCGGCUUGCUCAAUCUCAUCAAUGCUGUCCCACAACAACAUCGAACUGAUGUUUUCAAGUCACUAAUGUACGAGGCCUGUGGGAGAAUCAUAAACCCAACAUUUGGAUCAGUUGGGUUAUUUUGGAGUGGUGAAUGGGCCCAAUGCCAAGCUGCUGUUGACGCGGUGCUAGCUGGGUCCCAGAUCAAUGUCAUGCCAAGCGACCGUGGUUCCAAACUCCUUGACAUACGUCAUGUGUCCAAAGAUGCGAACAUGGACAAGGUGAAAGGAAAAUCUAAGAAGCACAAAACGACCGAGGAUGUUACCAUGCCAAUGUCACAUGUGGGUUUGGUCAACCCAGCUACAUUAUGGAAACCAAUUUUAAGCCAUGAGCCAAGACGGUUCGAGGGUGGUAACGGGGAAAUAGUGAAGGCUGACAAGCCAAGAAUAAAUGGUGGAGCCAAUAAUAUUGAUUUGGAGCUCACUCUUGGCUAGACUAGGCUUCUCUUGAUAUGAAGUGCUGCUACCAAACCAAUAAAAUGUAAUAAAAAAAUAAUGUGUUUAAAUUUUGUUUUUCUUUUUUCUAGAAGAAAUGUAGAAAAGGAGCAUUGGACAUUGUCAGAUGUAAAUGUUGGUGGGUGUUUUAAUUAAGUGUAUAUUGGUUAA